GCAGCGACACGUAAUAAAAAUUUUGGCGGUUGAGGGCUGCGAAACUGUAGCCUCUCAUUCAUUCGUCUUCUUCAAAGAGCUGAAGCUCAUCAUCAUCACUCCACAGAGAAACAAAGAGGGAAGCAAUGUCUACAAAAGCACUUCCAUUAAGGAUAGCAUCAAGUACUUUAUAUAUUCAUCAUCAUAAUCACGAUCGUCGCUUUGGUCUUCUCAAUCAUCACCGUUGCUUCCUCUUUACACAUCCCCCUUCUCCGCCUCCUCUUCUCGCUGGUAAACGACACCGUAUUAAGCUCACUUUCGUCUCCACGGCUGCGGAUUCAACUCAGCCUUCCUCAGCUCCAGCCUCUGCUGACAAAGCAAUUGUUACCGAUGAUGAAUUCUCCCUCGCUAAGGUUUCAUUUGGUGUUGUUGGACUAGGUCUUGGAAUCUCCCUCCUGUCGUAUGGUUUUGGGGCAUACUUUAAUAUCCUCCCUGGAUCUGAGUGGUCAGCAAUAAUGUUGACAUAUGGCUUCCCCCUUGCCAUUAUCGGAAUGGCACUUAAGUAUGCGGAACUCAAGCCAGUCCCAUGCUUAACUUAUUCAGAUGCCCAAAUGUUAAGGGAAACAUGUGCCACUCCCAUCCUUAAGCAGGUUAGGAAUGAUGUUAUAAGAUUUCGUUAUGGGGAUGAGCAGCAUCUAGAUGAGGCAUUGAAAAGGAUAUUCCAAUUUGGUCUGGGUCGAGGAAUUCCCCGGAGGAAUGCACCUAUUCUACAAAUGAUUCGCGAGGAAGUCACAGAAGAUGGUAAAUACUCUCUAGUCUUGGUGUUUGAGGCAAAGGCUCUGCAGCUGUCAGAUUUUGAGCAAAGACAGGCAAAAUUUGCUUCAUUCUUUGGGCCGGGGAUUACAGCUGAAGUUGGGAAGGGAUCAGAGAAUAACCUUUAUGAAGUUAGACUUAUUUCAAACACCAGCCCCAAUGCAUCACCUGCCUGAUGUGCAUGUUGUUUCGUCUAUUCCUGCUACCUGUAUUGUCUUUCAUUCAUUAACGUAUGCUCCUAUUGCAAAAUUUUGUGUAUGUAUAUAUAGAUUCAAUGUGAAAGACAUUUGGGUGUCGAUAUUAAAUUUUGAUUAUUGAAAGAUUAAUUUGUUGAA